AACCAACAGUGCUCCACCAGUCAGUCGCUUGAUCGCAUCCGCAUCACUAUUCCUCGUCCGGUCUGACAAUAUGGCGGAAUUUCUUAUCAGCAAAGCAGUGAAUUUGUAAAAUAUUUGACGAAAAUAGCAAUUUAUAAAUAGAAUUUAAAACAAGAACAGAUUAUAUUAAGUAGAAAGGACCUAUUUAGCACCGAUUCUUGUCUUGAACUGUUUACAUUGGUUACAAAAAUAACCGCGUACCGAAAUAUUUAAUUGAACAUCUGACAAUAAUAAUAAACAUGAGCAUUAUGUUUGAAAAGCAUUUAGUACGAUAAUUUGCGUAGAUAAUUACGUCACGGCGGCCUCAUGUGUCGGGAUUACCGUUUGUGCAUCGUGAAGAUACGCAGUGAAGGUCCAUAAUGAUUCACGAGGUUAAUUGAGGUUUUACUUCAAUAAUACGUAAUUGGUCCGUAAGCGUUACGCGAUAAGUGUGUGUAGUUUCGCCUUCAUCGGGCGUUGACUCGUCUCGCAGGAAUCCGGUAGAAACGCGAGUGACUAAUUGAUGAAAUGAUUGAGAGUGUAUCAAGACGUGCCUUUAGUAGUUCCAGUGGAACUUACAACGUGCGUGCAUCGGAGCUGGCGCGCGAACGCAAGCUCAACAUCUUCAAUGUCACUGUGCAGUUUCUGGACGACACCCAACAAUCAUUUCAAAUUGAGAAAAAGGCUAAAGGCAGUGUUCUUCUAGAGCAAGUUUAUCAACACUUGGAACUAGUAGAAAAGGACUAUUUUGGGUUACAAUUUACCGAGAAUGGAUCACCUCCCAACUCCACAAACUCAGAAAUAACACGUUGGCUGGACAGUACGAAAUCGGUAAAGAAACAAGUUGGUGCAAACGCUCAAUUCUGGUUGGCUGUGCGUUUCUACCCGCCGGAGCCGUCACGAUUGGCUGAAGAGUAUACAAGAUACCUAUUGUGCCUUCAACUGAGGAAGUUGCUGCUUGAUGGAAGAAUGAAUGCCCCGAAAAACACCGCCUUAUUACUAGCUUCGUUCACUGUACAAGCGGAGUUAGGUGACUAUAACGUUUCGGAGCAUCCACCAAACUAUCUAUCCGAGCUCUGUCUCCUGCCGAAACAAAACGCGGAGGACGAGCGCCGUAUCAGAGAACUACACAAGUUACACAAAGGACAGUCCCCGGCGGAUGCUGAAGCGAAUUUCCUGGAACACGCCAAGCGAUUAGACUGUUACGGAGUUGAAUCGCAUCCUGCCAAGGAUUACAACGGCAAGGAUAUAUUCAUCGGGGUCACAUCUAUAGGAAUAGUUGUGUUCCAGAAUAAUAUACGAGUCAAUACAUUCUCUUGGAGCAAAAUCGUUAAGAUUUCCUUCAAGAAGAAACAGUUCUUCAUACAACUGAAGCGGGAGCCUUCAGAAUCAUACGACACAGUCCUCGGUUUCAACAUGCGGUCUAGUCGAGCGGCUAAAGCGCUGUGGCGCUGCAGUGUGGAGAGGCACGGUUUCUUCAGACUUCGGGCACCGAGGAGACGAGCGCUGUUAGCAGCGCUGGGAGCGCUGGCCGGGUUAGCUGCACCAACUGUACCUAGAACUGAGACAAUGGCUUUAGAAGACGCGAGACGAUCGAGAUCGACGAAUAGGAGUUUUGUUAGACGUAGCAGUUCCCGUCCCCGCGAGCGUUCAGUAGGCAUGUCUCCAGCAAGCGGUAUGCGUGGAUCCCGCGUCACUGCGCACUGUGAGCCCGCGCCCCGCCCCGCAUGGGGGGACCUCGACAGACCUAGCUCCGAUAUCAUCGAAGGCGACUUCUUAGAGCGAGUCCUCCGUAUGCCCCUGUCCUACGUGGACGAAUCGGAGUCAGGCUCAGAAGGGGCGGAGUCGGCGGAGUGUGGGGGAGUCAGAGUGCGGUUGGAAGCAGGAUCUGACGGACUGUUCGGGUUCAAUGUCCGGGGAGGGGGGGCUGCCCCUGUACUCGUAUCGAGAGUUGCUAGUCGGACUAGAUUGCAGUUGCAAGAAGGGGAUCAGGUAAUUUCUAUAAAUGGGACAGAUGUAGAUGAACUGACACACGAACAAGUCGUACAGCUGAUUAGAAACACGAGGGGUGUUCUGACACUUGUCGUCAAACCAAAUGCUGUCUACGCGCCCGAAGACCCAGGCGCAGAAGAACCAGAAGCAUGCUUUGUCCCUCUCUUCUCAGAAGGCGACUCUAGACCAGAAGGGGACGCUCUAGAACAAUCCAUUUUGUUGCUAGGCGACGGCCUUGCCAGUGGGAAUGCUCUCAAACAAUACGAGACUUUACUGAGAAGGCUACCUGACGAACCAACGAACAUAUCAAAGCUGCCCUGCAAUCUGAACAAGAACCGGUAUAGGGAUAUUGCGCCUUAUGAUUCAACGCGAGUGAUAUUGAAAAACGGACCAACAGGCGACUACAUCAAUGCGUCGUAUAUCAAUAUGGAAAUCCCGAACUCCGACACAGUGCUUACGUACAUAGCAACGCAAGGUCCUCUGUCGACAACAGUAGGUGACUUCUGGCAAAUGGUGUGGGAAUCAGAGAGCAGUCUUAUAGUAAUGUUGACCGUACUGACGGAGCGAGGCCGAGCCAAGUGCCACCAAUAUUGGCCCAAAGUUGGCACCACUCCGUUGAAGGCUACCAACGAUCUCACGAUAUUCACCAACAGUGAACAGAACCACGGUCAUUAUAUUAGGAGAGAGAUGACUAUAAAGGAGAGUACCGGCGCGAGUCGUGCAGUGUGCCAGUUGCAGUACACGGCGUGGCCCGACCACGGCGUGCCCGACGACGCCGCCGCAUUCAUCAGCUUCACCCAGCUCUGCUCGCAGCUACGGAACCGGCGGCCCAUGAUACCUACAGUUGUAGAUCCCGAAGAGGGUGAAGAAGAGCGUGAAUUGGACCCACCAAUGAUAGUGCAUUGUUCCGCCGGCGUCGGUCGUACGGGCGCGCUCGUACUCUGCGAGGUCGCGCUCGCACUGGCCGCUAGAGGGCAGCCCUUGUACCCUUUGGAUCUUGUCCGGGCCAUGAGGGCGCAACGACCUAUGUGUAUACAGAAUGCGAGUCAGUACAAGUUCGUAUGUGAAAGCAUACAGACUGCGUACACGCAAGGACUGACGAAGUCAUCUUCAGACAACGGAUCGAACUGAUAGUAAGCUAACUCCCUUGCCAAUUAUUUAUUGUACAGUCGAUUAUAACCUGACUGAUUGUAUUAAGGUAUGUUUGUGUUCAUUAGUAUACGCUAAAUCUUAAAUUUAGACCUUAA